AUGCUCUUCUUCAGCUUCUUCAAAACCCUCAUCGACCACGAGGUGACCGUCGAGCUCAAAAACGACAUCCGCAUCCGCGGCGUCCUCAAGAGUGUCGACCAAUACCUCAACAUCAAGCUCGACAACAUCCAGGUGGUGGAUGAGCUCAAGUAUCCUCACUUGAGCGCUGUCAAAAAUGUCUUUAUCAGAGGCUCGGUCGUGAGAUAUGUCCAUCUGCCUUCUCAGUCGGUGGAUAUUGACUUGCUGGAGGAUGCUACGAGGAGAGAGGCGGCAAACCAAGCUGUGAAGGCGAAGUGAGGAGACUGCUAGAGACGGCGCGGGGAGGUGAAACGAAGAAGGAGGUAGAAAAGCCAAGCUACUCGUGGCAUAAGAAGUAUGGCACUAACAGCCAUGACGAAAGGGGAGGUGCGCAAAAGACAACUGGUGUAUUUGUUGUCCUUGCAUCUCAGAGAGGUUUUGGAUCUUAUGCGCGGGAAGAGGAGGAGAGGUGGAAAUUGCCCAGGCUAUUAUUAUUAUUGCAAAUGGGUCAAGAGUAUCUUGGUGGUAAAAACAUUGAUACCGAGAGGAGGAUAAAGGGUCAUGCAGAAUGUGGAAUAAAAUAAGUGCGUUUAAUUCCCCAUAACUUUGAAGCGUG